AUGGAUGAGUACGACGAGUGGCUGAACUGCUCGUGGAAGGCGGGCUACAAGUCGAACUCGAGCGCGCCGGUCUGUCCGUGGCUGGCGCAGUCGCGGCCCUACCAGCUGCACUGGGCGCUCAAACUCGCCUGGAGCCUGCUGUACGGCACUAUGCUACUCGUCGCUGCCGCCGGCAAUGCCACCGUCAUCUGGAUAGUGCUCGCACACCGGCGCAUGCGCACGGUGACCAACUACUUCCUGGUGAACCUGAGCGUGGCCGACCUGCUGAUGGCGCUGCUCAACUGCGCCUUCAACUUCGCCUUCAUGCUCAACUCUGACUGGCCGUUCGGGGUCGUUUACUGCUCGGUCAACAACUUCGUUGCCAACGUGACCGUCUCCUCCAGCGCCUUCACGCUCGCUGCCAUAUCUCUCGACAGGUACAUGGCGAUCGUGAAGCCGCUGCAGCACCGCAUGACGCGGCGGAGGGCCCUGAUGGCGCUACUGGCAGUGUGGAUGGCCAGCGCCCUGCUAGCCGCUCCCUGCCUUGUCUUCUCCACCACCAACGUCCGCACGUACGCUGACGGGGAAGAGUCGCGGUCGUGUUACUUGGAGUGGCCAGACGGACACUACCCCGAGUCACUCAGCGACUAUGCAGACAGAAAAGUACUUGGAAGAGCCUUCGAACGGAAUGGGCAGUAUGUUGGAAAAAAGGUUAUAAAAUGAAGACCACUAAAGGUAAAUCAAGGGUAAUGAAAUGUAGUCGAAUGAAAUCAGGCAAUACUGACAGAAUGAGAUUAGU